UACAGUGGAGUGGCUCAGGGCCUCAUUUCACGGCAACCCACAUUACAACACACUCUCCUUCCCCGCUUCGGGAGCCCUUCUAUCUCCAGCAGCGCCACAGCCUUGCUUGAUUCCUGCUUCCAUCCCUCCAGUCAGGUCAACAUGGUGAAGGUAGUCGACCUCCCCUUGGAGAUUUUCCGAAAUAUCAUACACAAAGCCGUAUUGAAUGGAGUCCAGCAGGCCUGGCGACAACGUUCCGUUUGCCGGGCUUUCGCCGUUACGAUUGACGAGGCCGUCUUCUUGACACAGCCUAUCGAAGCGUUGAUUCCACAUGAGGGGCGGAACCGCAACUGCCGUCACCCUGUGACGUGUAGCGUUGAAAAUGCAGCUCGUUUCCUUUUCAAUCGACUCACGCUCUCUGGUCCCCUCGGUGUGCAUCCAACGCUGCGUGCUAUGAUUGAGACGACUGCAGAUAUGCUCAUAAGCAAUAAUGACGCAGGCCCUCAGAAACCACGUCAAUGGUACCUGGAAAUGCUUUGUCUAUCGGUUGCCCGGGAAAGAGAUAUGACGAAGAACUGGUGGCCAUUGCUAACCAAGGGCCUACACCACACGGUUUAUGAGUUACCGGAGUCAUCUGUGAAAAUCCGCGCCGCUGCUGCUGUGAACGACAUUGAGUUAUACCGUCGCCUACUCUCGGAAUUGCAAGAUGAAGACGACUGGGAAUGGGAGGGUGAAGCGAGCCUCUACGCCGAUCCUAUUCACUUGGCUGUACACAUGGGAUAUGAAGAUCUUAUCCGGCACACACUAGACAUUGCCAGGGAACGAAAGGAACUCCCAUAUCUUCUGAGCUGGAGGCGACGGUGUAAGGCUCUAAACAAAAACUACGGUAUUGAUCAAGGAAUGUGUCUGGCAAUCGAAAGGGGCGAUCAGGUAUCUUUCCAACUGUUGAUCAACUUCAUACGGGAUGCCGAGUUUGUUCCCCAUACUGCUUGGUGGAUUGGCCUAGCCGCAAAGAAAGGCGAUAAAGAUAUGGUCAAUACGUUGAUCAAAGUCCCUACCGAGAAGAUAUUUCCAUCUGACUGGCAAUAUACCUUCAAGGAGCUUUGUCAACUGGGAGAUAUAUCUCUCAUGAAAUCCUUCGUGAAUGAGGAUCCUUCCAUAUUGCGAAGACAGCGCGAGCCUUUGCCGGGCAAUCCUAUGCUGCACAUCGCGUUGGAACAUGGUACACACGAGAUUCUUAAGGCUCUAUUUGAGGUUGGAAUUGGGCAACUUGUUAACGAAGUACGACGGGCGGAUGGAUUAACUCCGUUCUACUUGGCGAUUCAACAGCAGAAAAAAUCAGCAGCUCAACUUCUGCUCCAACACGGAGCCAAAAUCAUCAUCAGUGGUAGUGGUUUGGGCGGAAACUGGAAGACAGCAAGGGCUAUGGAAAUGGUGGCCAGGACCAAGAAUGAGAAGAUGUAUAAUCUCAUUCGAGAGGCGGCUUUGAAAAAAGGCCUGAAGGUUCCUAGUUUCCACGACUUAAAACAGCAUGGCCAGGUCAAGCUGCGCAAACGGAAUGAUGGUUAA